CUCGAACGGAAGAGACGGAGUACUGAGUUAGGAACUAUGUGGGCUCAUUUCGAGCGGAACAGGGGCAUGAACCAGCAUACAGAAAAGCUACCUCGUGUUUUCGAAAGGCCUGACAAGACUUGCAGCAGGAUGCUACCACAGUGUAGCCUGAAGCAGUCUUGUCUAGGUACCGUUUCCGAUUUUCUUUUAUCUUGGAGUAAAAAUAAAUAUCGAGAGGACCUAGAUCCAGAGGACGCGGAGAAGAAUCCUUUCUUCCUUUACCCGAUUCAUCUUCGACAAGACAUGCUGAAUUCCCUUGUGAAAGUUCGUCCUGACGGCAAACAACUUCUACGAGCAGCAGAGUUACUGGUGGGAUCCGGAAUCGAAUCCUUUGAUCUGGGAUGUAUCGAAGAUUGUAAGUUUCCGGACGUUCAGAUGUUACUGGGCAUUUUGAUUAAUCACGGUCGAACACUGAGAGAGCUUCGAGUUGCUGGACAUUGGCUUUACCGAAAGGAAAGUGUAUCUCUUCUCCACAGAUUGUUAGAAUCCACUCCUAACCUCCAAAGACUCCAACUGCAACAUACCACUAAGGGCGGGAAGGAACUUGAGACAAUAGCCCGGCAGUGUGGAAGCCUUCAUACUCUGGAAAUUUUGCAUCCUUCUCUAGACGAACAGGACGUUCUGAGCAUAACUAGAAAGAUUCUAACGGAUGGGUCAUGGUGGGCAAUGAGGUACAGCUUAAAUGAAUUACGUGUGCCAUCUUCUGUUAACGGAAAAUCAAUAUUAAUGUUACUGGAAACAUUUCACAAUAUAGAAUAUUUACAUUGUGGUUAUUUAGAACAAAUGUUAGACGAACUGUCAAAUUUUAAAGACCCAAUAUUCUGGGUUCAACGCCUUUCCCAUCUUCGGGGCGUCCAAGCUACCCACCCAUUAGGAGAUGAUAGUGUUAGCAGGCUUGUUCAAUGGUGCCCGAACCUAAGAGAGAUUUCUUUAGAGGUACAAGAAGGAAUGAGUUUAAUACCUAUAGCUAAACUUACACAUUUGCAAUUUCUUCAACUUAGGAACAGCCCAACUCUUCCCGCUUCCUAUACAGAGGAAGUCUUGCCCUUGUUAAAAGCUUGUGGAGAAAGAAUACACCGUUUAAACCUCGAGCAGUUUGAUGUAGUUGAUUUAGUAAAAACAGCGUUAACAUGCCCUAACUUGCGUGCCUUCAACGCCCAGUGGUUCACAAUUCUGGGAACUGGAACAGUACACGGUAAUGUUAAACCUUUUACUAAACUUCGUUUUCUCAGGCUACGGCCCCAGGUUAACAGAAGAAUAACUCCAGAUGCAAUUAAGAUUCUAUUGAAACAUUGCCAGGGCCUUCGAUACCUUGAACUUUACUGCAGUCAUGGGCUGAACGACACUCUAGCUACAUGGCUGAUCCAACAAAAUCCCUUACAACAUCUGAGGACCCUGAUUCUUCGUCACGGUCAUGGCCUGUCCAUUAAUGGUGUCCACAUCAUAACGAACUCUGCUAUAAAGUUAAAGUUCCGUGAUCUCGGUAGAGUGUGUCGUUGUUGAAAAACGUUACUCAUGCUGUAAUACGUGGUCUUUACUAACAAUGUAAAUCAAAUGAAGCAUUCAUGACCUAUAAAGUUGCAUUACGGGAAAUUAGUACAAAUUAACUUUCUACAAGGUGAAAACAGGAAAUAAGUUGAAGAAAGCUGAAAGACAGAAACGAAAGUGAUUUAGCUGUUUGCCUGUUGACAAGGUAAAAAUAGGAAGUAAGGUAAAGCAGAUUAAGAAACAGAAAAGGAAGAUAUUUAUCUGUUUGCAUGUUAACAACGUAAAAUAGGAAGCAAGGUAAAGCAGACUAAAAACAGAAAAGGAAGUGAUUUACCUGUUAACAAGGUAAAAAUAAUAAGUAAGAUAAACCAGUCUAAGAACAAAAAAGGAAGUGAUUUACCUAUUUGCCUGUUAACAAGGUAAAAAUAGGAAAAUAAGAUAAAGCAGUCUGAAAAACAAAAAAGGAAGUGAUUUACCUGUUUGCCCGUUAUCAAGGUAAAAAUAGGAAAAUAAAAUAAAGCAGUCUGAAAAACAAAAAAGGAAGUGAUUUGCUGUUAACAAGUUAAAAACAGGAAAUAAGAUAAAACAUCAAAAAACAGAAAAGGAAGUGAUUUGCCCGUUAAAGAGGUGAAAUCAGGAAAUAAGAUAAAACAACAGAAAAUGAAGUGUUUGUCUACAGUGCAAAUUUCAUGAUUUGUGUGUUAACAAUACAGAAGCUGCUACUUCUUGAUAAAGAAGUCAAAAAUUAAGUAAAAUUAAGUUUUUACUGUUCAGUCAAGUGUAUCGAAUUGUCUGGUGAUACCUUUCAGGUGAUGAAAUUCGUAUGUUAAGUUACUUAUAUGAAAUUGUAUACGAAGUACAAAAUUGUAUAGAAAAUCAUGUCUUGUCAAUUGUAUCAUACAGUGGUUAUAACAUGUUGGCUUGAGAAAUUAUAAGUAACAUAAAUCAAAAAGUGUAAACAAAUUGGAGGUGUUUAUUUAUCCGUAGAACUUAAUUGAAACUUACAUGAACGAAUAAUCAAAAUAUUACUUGAAGUGUAUUAUUAUUUAGUCCUCAAAUGUUUAGUAUAUAGAUUAGAUUCCGAAGACAUGCCAAUGAAGUCCACAGAAACGCAUAUUUUAGUUGUGCAGUUUUAGCAAAAAUUAACAGAAAUUCGUAUAACUCAAUCGUGUUGUAUUUUGUACUGGUUUUGAAAAGUGAUUUACGAAUCCAAUAGCAUUUUAGAGUAACCAUUGCGUUGUUUAAGUUGUUUCUGUACACCGUUAGAACACAAUGUGUUUUUUUCUGUAUUUCAUGGCCAUUUUUUUGUUCAUCAUACAGAGAUUCUAUGUACCAUGUGAAGUAUUAUACAAGAUAAAACAUCACAAAGAUAACUAUUGAAAUA